UCCGUCUCUUUCACGUCGCCGAAGCCAAAGCCGCAGACCGGACGAAGAAGAAACCCCCCGAAAUUUCCUUGCCGUCUUCUCCAUUCCCGGUGAACUCUCCGGCUUCUCGACGCCACCGGAGCCCCGGCGAGCCACUGGCUCCUCCGGCCGCUCCUCCCCGUCCGUCGCCUUCCCGGACUUCCCUGCUUGGGGAUCCCGCCGGAGCGGAGUAAUCCUUGCUCUCGUCCAGCCGUGCAAUUUCGCCACCGGAGGUUGCAAAGUGUUGAGGAAGAGUAUUCGAGGUGAAUUUCCUCUAGUUGGUACUUCUUCCGGCGAGAUUCUGGAAUAUUUCGGUGGUGUUCUUUGGAAUCUGGGGUCUUGGAGCGAGUCGGAUGAGUGAAUUAGGGCUACGGCUUUGGACCAGGGGAAGUUAGGUGGGAGCUUAUGAGGUGAGAGGAAGCUGCUGGAAUAGUAUAUCUGGGCUUGUGAGGGUGAAGUUUCUUAAUAGGGGAAAAAGAUAGCCUUUUGAUUGCUUUUGGCGAGCACAUUGGGGAGGGGGGGAAUUUUCUACAGACGACGGCUUAUACAUAAAGAGAGGGAAGCGGAAAGGGAGAAGCUUUCUUUGGCAAUAAAGUGAGAAGAGGGAAGGGUGGGAAGAAAAGAGGGAACUUUCUUUAUAGGCAUUUCAGAUCAGGGAAGCUGCUGGGAUCUGCUUAGAUGAAGGGUCCGGGGUCGAAUGGAUUCGCAGAAAAUCCAGCAGAAGGAGAAAGAAAAAGCAUCAGUUCGGAGUUAUGGCAUGCUUGUGCUGGACCACUGGUGUCUUUGCCGCCUGCUGGCAGCCUUGUGGUUUACUUUCCACAAGGUCAUAGUGAACAGGUAGCAGCCUCGAUGCAAAAGGUGACUGACAGCAUGCCAAAUUAUCCUUCACUGCCUUCUAAGCUGAUCUGCGUGCUUCAUAAUGUCACCUUGCAUGCUGAUGCUGAAACGGAUGAGGUUUAUGCUCAGAUGACUCUUCAACCUGUUAAUAAAUAUGAUAGAGAAGCAAUGCUGGCAUCUGAAAUGGGCCUCAAACAAAACAAGCAACCAACAGAAUUCUUCUGCAAAACACUUACAGCAAGUGAUACAAGUACCCAUGGCGGAUUCUCAGUACCCCGUCGUGCGGCUGAGAAGAUAUUUCCACCUCUAGAUUAUACAAUGCAACCACCAGCUGAAGAAUUAAUAGCUAAAGAUUUGCACGACAUUUCAUGGACUUUUCGUCAUAUCUAUCGAGGUCAGCCCAAGAGGCAUCUCCUGACUACAGGUUGGAGUGUAUUUAUUAGCACAAAAAGACUUGUUGCUGGUGACUCUGUUCUCUUUAUACGAGAUGAAAAGUCACAGCUUCUCUUGGGUAUAAGGCGUGCCAAUAGACAACAACCACCUUUAUCAUCUUCAGUCUUAUCUAGUGAUAGCAUGCAUAUUGGAAUCCUUGCUGCUGCCGCUCAUGCUGCUGCAAAUAACAGCCCAUUCACUAUAUUUUACAACCCAAGAGCUAGCCCCUCGGAGUUUGUUAUACCUUUCGCCAAAUACCAUAAAGCAAUGUACACCCAAGUGUCUCUUGGCAUGCGAUUCAGGAUGAUGUUUGAAACUGAGGAGUCUGGAGUGCGUAGAUAUAUGGGCACAAUUACAGGCAUCAAUGAUUUAGAUCCAGUGCGGUGGAAAAAUUCACAGUGGCGCAAUCUUCAGGUUGGCUGGGAUGAAUCAACAGCAACUGAGCGGCGGACCCGAGUGUCAAUAUGGGAGAUUGAACCUGUGGCAACUCCUUUCUAUAUAUGUCCACCCCCAUUCUUUAAACCCAAGUUCUCUAAACAACCAGGGAUGCCAGACGAUAAGAUUGAAAUUGAGAACACCUUUAACAGGGUGAUGCCAUGGCUUGGUGAUGAUUUUGGCUUAAAAGAUGCUCAAAGUGCAGUCUUUCCAGGCCUGAGCCUGGUCCAAUGGAUGGCCGUGCAGCAGAAUUCUCAGCUAAUGGCACCAGCAGCUCAGUCAACAAACUUCCCUUCCACAGCUGCAUCAGUUAUGCAAGAUGGCCUUGGCACUGAAGACCCAACAAAAAUACUAAAUUUCCAAUCACAUGCCUUACCUCCAUCAUAUCUGCAGCCCUGUUCCAAACUAAAUCCUCAUACUCAUCAAUUUGAUAGAUAUCAUCAACCACCUUUAUUAUCAUCUCAACAGCCAUUGCGGCCACAACAACAAAUUUCUAUUCAUCACCACCACCACCAGCGGCAGCAGCAGCAGCAGCCACCACCAGUGCAACAAAAUACUGCCCAUCUGAUGCAGCUACACCAGCAACAGCAGCAACAGCAACAAGCAGAACUGCAGCAGCAACAAUUUCAGCAGCAGCAAACACGGCCUGCUGCUAGUCAGGAACUCAUUGAUCAGCAGCAACAGAAGCAACAUCAGCCUAUUCGUAGCCAAAUUUUACCUCAAACCCAGUUAUCAAACCAACUUUUGCGACAGCAACAAGCAGAACUGCAGCAGCAACAAUUUCAGCAGCAGCAAACACGACCUGCUGCUAGUCAGGAACUCAUUGAUCAGCAGCAACAGAAGCAACAUCAGCCUAUUCGUAGCCAAAUUUUACCUCAAACCCAGCUAUCAAACCAACUUUUGCAGCCACCUUCAUCUAAUGUUCAACAACAAGGGUUACCUAAACCAAGCACUCAACAUCAGCAAGGUGCUUGUUCUCCCAACCUGGGCUCUCUCCAACCAUCAUCCUUGCCGCAAAUUUUGCAGGUCCAGCAACCAGUAGACCAUCAAAAUACUCUUUUUCAGCAACAACAGCAACAGUUGCAACAACUAAUGCAACCACAGCAUCAGCUGCAGCUGCUGCAAAAGCUUCAGGAACAACAAUUGAUCUCUCAGCUCAGUCCACAGUUACAAUCUCAAUCAUCACAGCAACUAACUCAACAAAACCAGCAUUUUCAACAGCAGCAAAAUUUGCAGCCGCAGUUAAAUGGCACCAACAUUCUACCAUCUCAACUGAAGCAACUGCAGCAAAUGCCCACUAUGGAUAACAGUAACUACCUCAAACCUCAGUUACCUGCUAGAGCUCAUUCUACUCUCAAUGAGAACAAAGCCCCAUCUUGCUCUACCUCUCCUUCCACUAACUGUCAUUCUUCAUCAAGCUUAAUAAAUAGAGUUCAGCAAGGCCCAGCUGUUUUGAUUGGAGAGACAGGGGUACCGCAUAUGGAAAUUCUGCUUCAGGAACUUCGAAGCAAGUCAGAUGUUCAAGUCAAGCGUGAAUUGCACAGCACCAAAGAGCCUGCUCAGCUGCCGAACCAACAUGCCACUGUCAAUCAGUUAGAUGCUUCUUCUGCAACCUCAUUUUGUUUAGAUGGCAGUGCGCAUGAAGGAAUCUCACUUCCUCCUAUAUUAGAUGGUGAUGUUCAAGUAGAUCCUAGGGACAACCUUCUUGUUGGAACAUACGGUGAUGGUUUGAUGCCAGACGCCCUGCUGUCAAGAUGCUUGGGUUCAGGAAAGGAUAUCCAGAACUUGCUUUCUGGUUACGGCAAUCAGGGAGAUGUAGAAACCGAAUUGUCUACUGCUGCUAUCAGUUCUCAGUCAUUUGGUGUGCCGCACAUGCCUUUCAAGCCUGGCUGUUCAAGUGAUGCGGCAGCAAAUGAGAGUGGAGUACUGAAUCAGGGAUUUUGGUCUGGCCAACCGCAGCGCAUGCGAACAUAUACUAAGGUUCAAAAGCGUGGAGCUGUAGGAAGGUCUAUUGAUAUUACCCGUUACAAGGGGUAUGGUGAGCUUCAACAUGAUCUUGCCUGCAUGUUUGGGAUUGAGGGGCAACUCGAAGAUCCACACAGAACUGACUGGAAACUAGUCUAUGUGGAUCAUGAAAAUGAUAUCCUGCUUGUUGGUGAUGACCCUUGGGAGGAAUUUGUAAACUGUGUUCAAAGUAUCAAGAUAUUGUCAGCAGCGGAAGUCCAGCAGAUGAGUUUGGAUGGUGAUCUUUCCAAUAUCCCUGUACAAAACCAAGCAUGCAGCGGGUCCGAUAAUAAUGGUGAUCUGUGGAGAGGUCAAUUUGAUGAUACGUCGGCUUUUUCCAUUCAUCGUUGAGGGUAACAUGCUUUAUAAAACUAACGAUAUAUUAUAGAUCCGCUUAAAAUCAAAUGCUAUGACAAAGCUGGAGUUCGAGGAGACUAAUAAUUUAGUUGUCAGAAUGAGUUUCAAGGGAGGAUUGAAUAGAGCAAAGAGCCUCUACAAGUGUCAGACACAGGCGACCAAAUUUUUCCACCGAAAACUCAAAGGUGAGAUCAGCACCAACUCUCUGCAGUUACUUUACCAUAAUUUUUGGAAUCUUUAAGUAUGUGCUACUUAACAGAUGAGAAACUUUUGAUAAGAUGCAUUCCUUUUUCUCACUCUUAGAGAGGCAGUUCUUGAUGUACAUGUAUGUGCGGCAAUUUAAGACAACUGUUCUUUCAGAUAACGGUCUCUACGAGUCAUUCUGUAUUCUGAAAUCGUAUGUUAAAAGAUUGUAACUGCUAUUAACUUCAUUCAGUAUAACCAAGAACUCUCGCCUGAGUGGUCACAGCUGGGAGUUA